UUUAUUGAACUUGUUGAUCUUACAAACUACAAGAAAUAAUUCCAUUCAAGAAACUCAAUUGUGAUGAAUCGCAUUUUUACCUCAAACUUCCGGAGAUUUUCUUCAGCUGCCAGGACGAAGCUGACUCUUUGCACAGAGAAGGAUGGCGUGAGGAAUAUUGUCCUGAAUAAUCCCAAAAUGAGAAAUGCCCUCUCAUUGGAAAUGAUGCAGGAUAUUUUGGGUGAUUUAACGCACAAUCUCGAGGAUAAGUCCUUAAGGGUAAUUGUCUUGUCAUCCGUUGAGAGUCCCGUCUUCUCUGCUGGUCACAAUCUCAAAGAAUUGGCACCAGAUAAGAGUCAGGAUGUCCACAGAGAAGUUUUCAGAUUAGCUAAUCGCCUAAUGCUGGCCAUGAUUGAGGCACCUGUACCUGUAAUUGGGAAAGUCGAUGGACUAGCAGCAGCUGCUGGAUGCCAAUUGAUUGCCAAUUGUGAUAUGGUUGUAUGUUCCUCCCGAAGUUCCUUCUCCACACCUGGUGCCAAUUUUGGGGUGUUUUGCUCAACUCCCGGUGUGGCUGUUGCAAGAAAAGUUUCACGCAUGAAAGCAGCACAGAUGCUCUUCACGGGACUCCCGGUUGAUGCUGAAGAAGCUCUAAAUUGUGGCCUUGUUAGCUCCGUUGUACCUCCUGAGGAGCUUGAUGGUGCCGUGGAGAAAGUUUGUACGGCAAUUUGUUCCAAAAGUCGCCCAGUUAUUGCAAUUGGAAAGAAAUUCUUCUAUCAGCAAAUUGAAAUGGGUACAAAGAUGGCCUUUGAGGCAGCUGGUGAGGUCAUGGUGCAGAAUUUAGCUGAACCAGAUGGUCAGGAGGGUGUUAGGAGUUUUGUGGAGAAGCGUAAGCCACAAUGGAGCCAUCGUGGAUCAAAGAAUGAUUAAUUGUAAGAAGAAAUUCAAAUAAAUUUCCCUUUCUUUGUAAAAAAAAAA